AAGUGCUUACAUUGAUCAGGUAAGAGCUAACACCCUUCUAUAAAGUAGAAAAAAAAGUAGCCAACAGAAGUUCAGUUCCUCUAACAUAAGAGAGUAAGCUUAAUAUUUGCAGCCAGUAAUUCCUUGCAGAAAUUGAGCUGCUGCCAAUGAGGCUGGUUCUAUUACCAUUAACUAUGGAGCCACGUGCUACCCAGCUCAGCUGACUACUCGCAUAAUCCAGAUCAGAAAUAGGCACAUGACUACGUUCUCCUGAUUUGGCCAGAAGACAAGAUGCAGUAUUUAGGCUGUCUAGCUUUUAUGCUGUCUGCAGGAGAACAAAUGCUAUCUGCUCUGUCAUAAGCACAUGCUCUGAGCAUGUGUUGUUAAUCUGUCAGCUGGUGGGCUUUUUCUUUUUUACCAAUUUGAACUGGCAAUGUAAGCUCUGGAUCAGCAUUUAGUAUUUUAUGGCUGUAAUGUUUUCUCAAGUGCUACUCUGAAUCCUAAUGCUGGACCUACAGUAUCAAUGAACCACAGCUUUAAGAGCUCACACAAGACCAGCGGUGGUGGCAGAAGGCUGAAGUUGCACUGAAAUUACAGCUGCUCAUCCCCACUGCUCAUCAGAGAAAGUCAAGACAGGAGGCAUCAGGUGACAAUCAAAAGCUUGGUCAUGGGAAAAUCAGCUUCCAAACAAUUUGCUGAAGAAGUCUUGAAAGCACACAAUGACUACCGGAAGAAACAUGGAGUACCCCCAUUAAAACUCUGCAAGAAGUUAAACAGAGGAGCGCAACAGUAUGCAGAAGAACUGGCUACCACGAGGGUCCUCAAACACAGCUCUGAGUCUGCUAAUGGAAAAUGUGGAGAAAACCUAGCAUGGGCAUCCUACGAUCAACCAGGAAAGGACGUAGCUGACAGAUGGUACAGUGAAAUAAAAAAUUACAGUUUUCAAAGCCCAGGGUUUUCUUCUGGGACAGGUCACUUCACGGCAAUGGUUUGGAAGAACACAAAAAAGAUGGGAGUUGGAAAAGCAUCUGCUAGUGAUGGCUCCACAUUUGUGGUAGCUAGAUAUGAUCCAGCUGGAAAUGUAGUAAAUCCAGGCUACUAUGAGGAAAAUGUUCUUCCUCCGAGAAAAUAACUUUUCUUUUUUAAAGGUAGUCUUAUUGCUUAGUGGCAAAUGAAUCUGGAUUUGGACUUGACAGUGUCUGAAGUGAAGUACAAUUCGAUGAAAUUUCCUGAUUGAUACUGCUGUUCCCUUCUUACCACAAGGACAGCAGUUGCUUGAGUCAAUCUGUAGUCUGUAGGUCCCCAUUGUUUCUGAGGGGGCUUCAGUUUAUUUGAAAAUGAAGUAUAUGCAGAAUUUGUGAAAGGUAAGAGUUUAUAAGGCCUUUUUUAAUAGUUUGCAUGGACUCUGGGUGAGCAUGUGAGUCAGCACACAUUGGAUGUCUUUUUUAAAAAAGCAAAAAAGCAGGUUUAUAGCUUUGUGUAAACUGAAGAUACCAGCUUGUAAUUAUAUAUUCCAGGUUUUUGAAUAUUUGUUUAAUAACUGUAACUUAGCUCUGUCUAUACCUCUUGUUACUAUGGGGUCUAUUCUCUACAGAUGGAACAUAUGCAAAUCUCCCCCUUGUGAAAGGUAUGUGUAUGUAUUGCAAUGGAAUUCAGACCUUUAUGUUUUUAUUCAUAGGAUCUCCUUGAACAGUAUUUAAAAUAUUGCUGGCAAAAUUGUAUCCAUCAAGCAAGCUGUAACUAAUGCAUGACCUGAAAGCUAUCAAAAAUGGUUUAAUCCCAACGUUAGAUUUUAAAUACUAGCACCUAAAGUGUACUUGAAAUGAAGCAUAUUUCAAGUCCUAACCCCAUCUUACAGUUUACAAUACAUACAUUGUCUUAAAAUCAAAUUAUUUACUUCCAUUAAGGGAAAUAAGAUAGUCCCUUUUCCCUUAGAAAUUUACACUUGCUUUUUCUAAUUUAUUGAAUGUUCUUAGUAUGUUGCACGCAAACCAGCUAACCAAAUCAGAGAGGUACCAGUCAACUUACAGCUAGAGAGUGUAAGUUUUCUGUGCAUUUGUCAGACAACAGGAGAACAAUUCAGUUGCCCUUGUAUAGGUGUCUAGUACCAGACUCCCAUAAGGCACCAGCACAUCUAUGUGGAGGUGAAAGAUAUUACACAGGAGCUGAAAGAAACACAUGCCUUUCUGGUGCAGCAGCUCUGGUCAAGGCAUCAGGCAUAAGAAUAUCUCCCUUAUGUGCCCUGAUUUUGUGCAGGAACCUACCUGGGGGUAUGUUUUCCAUAAGAAAAAAAAGUAAUCUUUCCUAACUGACUAGAACUGCCCCACAGAAAAAAAAGUUUCUUUGGUAGAGCAUCUUGCAUUUUUUUCCCCAAUAACCUAUUUUUAUUUCCUAGGGAAUAUGUCAUACUAUACAGAUAAUAGUAUUACUAAAUGAUCUUUUGUCCCCUUUAGUAAUGUCUCAGUAGGAGGUAUUCACAUAGUUAUAAUUAAGAGAAAUUUACUCUGUGUUGAUAUCUUAAAAUAUUUCCUGUUCUGGACAGAUGCGUUGAAAUAAUUCAGAUUUAAUUUAAAAGCAAGCAAGCAACAUUUCUAAUGACAAUUUUUUCUUAUAUAAAAUGUGGGUUAGGCUAUUUUGGCCAGGUUCAUAUACUGUGCUUCAAGUUGGCGAUUUUUUUUUCCCUGUGUGUUUGUUUUGACUUCUGAGAUUCUGUAUACCAAAAUUUGGUUCACAAAGAAUGCCACUGCAGAUAUAUUUCUUUUUGUUUACACAGUUGUAAUAAACUGCAUUGUUAUGGCUUAGUAUGUCACUCUGGUGCUGUAUGUUACAAUCUUUUUGCUGUAACCAAGAAUUCACAUAAUGAACAUCUGGAAAUUAAAUAUUUUUGAAUAUGAAUUA